CGUAGGUCGCCUCUCUCUCUCUCCCUCUCCCUCCUAUCAACAAGAAGCAUCGAUCGUAACUCGUAAGCGGUUGGAAAAUACGCAGAUCAGAUCCUCGCGUCCUCAGAUCGACUCAUUUCAACUCUCUCUUUCUCUCUCCAUCUGGAAGUUACAGAAGAAAUUCGCUCCUAGGGUUUCAAACGCAGGUUGGCUGAAACUCAAUAAACCUGAAAAGGUAACUGUUUGGGGUUUCACAGCGCGCGCGCAUGUACUUCCCUCUUCUUGAACUGGUAAAUGUAUGAUAAUUUGGGAGGGCAGCCUGGGUUGCCAAGACCACCUCUACACCCACAGCCAAAUCCAUUUGGGAAUGCAUUUACUGGAGCUGGUUCAGGGCUUAUAAGAGGUGGACUGGGUGCUUAUGGAGAGAAAAUUUUAGGAUCAAGUUCCGAGUAUGUGCAAAGCAAUAUUAGUAGGUACUUCUCCGAUCCCCAAUACUAUUUCCAAGUUAAUGACCAGUAUGUGAGGAACAAAUUGAAGGUUGUCCUAUUUCCAUUUCUGCACCGGGGACAUUGGACAAGGAUAACAGAGCCGGUGGGGGGCAGGCUUUCCUAUAAACCCCCAAUCUAUGAUAUAAAUGCACCAGACUUGUAUAUUCCAUUGAUGGCAUUUGGUACCUAUAUUGUUCUUGCUGGAAUCUCACUGGGCCUCCGCGGAAAGUUUAGCCCAGAAGCCCUGAAUUGGCUGUUCGUCAAGGGGUUGGUGGGCUGGUGUUUGCAAGUCUCCCUGCUGAAAAUGUCAUUGUUUUCAUUGGGUAGCGGGGAGGCACCACUUCUGGACAUUGUCGCUUACGCUGGGUAUACUUUCACUGGAUUGUGUAUGGCUGUUCUGGGGAAAAUAGUGUUGAGCUACUCAUACUACUUUUUGAUGCCAUGGACGUGCUUGUGCAUGGGCAUCUUCUUGGUGAAGACUAUGAAGAGAGUUCUUUUUGCAGAGGUGAGGAGUUACGACUCGAGCCGGCAUCAUUACGUCUUGCUCUUCAUUGCUUUGGCUCAACUCCCACUUUUCGUUUGGCUUGGCAACAUUAGUGUCAAUUGGCUUUUCUAAACUGUAAUCUCUCUCUCUCUCUCUCUCUCUCUCUCUCUCUCUCUCUGGUGUUAUGAGCAAUAGGUUUGUGUAUGUCUACACAGUGUAUGGACGAUUUUUCAAUUUUGAUUGAUUUUUUGGCCGGUCCA